AUGCCAUUCUCUGCUUAUAGCGUCGACACAGAAGACUAUUACACCUUUCUACCAAGCGAUGAUUCUACUAGUGAUCUCGAGGAUGCUUCUAUGUCACCUUCGGAUGUUAAAACCAAUGAAACAAUGGCCUCCGUGUUCGAGUCCUCCAGCUACCUAGACCCUCCUCCACUUGCGCGCGAUGUUCUAACGCCUAUCCGUAGCUUAAACAGCAGUCGAGCUAUGCAUAAAACUUCUCGAAGAGCUGAAAAAGCGGUCAAAACUCUGGCUACAGGAGUGUUUGUUUUAGGAGAUGAAGAGGUGAUAGUCUCACCUCGUGCUUUGGAGCUGCACAAUACACGAAUUAUGCAGCUGCAAGAAGCGUUGGAUGCAGCUGGUGAUAGUGUGGCUAUCAAAAAUCAUAUCAUGGGAGACGCCCCAUUUCAAUUUGUUAUACAACACAAUAAAGUGAAUUUAUCUGAAGAAAUAGUGGAAUUUUCGAGUGCAUCGCCGAUGCCGAUGAUCGAACGUGUAGAUGGUCAUGCACCAGAAAAAAAACGAUUGGGCAUGCGACGAUCUUCUAGUAUGACUCAAGUGGGUAAAGAUGAGGAGGAAGACGAAUUAAUGAACCCAGAUCCGCUCUACGAUGAUCAAUUGGACGACGCAGAUGAGCAGUGGGUACAGACGAACUUUGUUGGAAAGCAUGCUACAAAACAAGUGACUGAUGCCAUGCUUUGUUGUCCAUGUUGUUUUGUAACGGUGUGCAUGGUUUGCGAGAGACAUGCAACGUUCACGAAUCAAUAUCGAGCGACAGCAGCAAUCAAUUGUCGUGUGAAAAGAGACGAAACUUUGACAUAUACAUCUGGUGAAAAGAGCAAUGUACUAGCAUCUCUACCAUUUCACAAACGGCAGAAUUUGGAUGCAACCAAGGAAGCAACGACAAAUGGGGCUAGAAAGUUGCAAAAUGAUGAAUUUUAUGCUGUGGUGUGCUCUGAUUGCAGCACGUUGGUUGGUGCUUUUGACAAAGACCAGCACUUCCACUUUUUUAAUGUCUUACCUAGUAACUUUUAG